AUGGACGCCACGACGACCGACGCCCGUCGCUCCAGCAUCGACAAGACGCCCAUCCCUCCUCCACCCUUCGAUCGCCUCCCCGACGAGAUCAUCGAGCAAAUCCUCCAAGCCACCGAUCCCAACGGCUUCGCAUCUCUUGUCUUCCUCAACCGCAAAUGGCGGGCCGUCUCCCAGCGCUCCCACCUCUACCUCCACCACCUCGCAAGAUGUCCCUCCUAUUCAGCCAGCCAUACCACCCUUCCCUCUCCCGACGAUGACAACCUCCCCCGCUUGCGACGUCUUUUCGCCCGCGAGGUCAAGCGGAACCUCUUCCAAGCCUACCUACGGCCGAACGAAACCGUCAUCAAACUCAUAUCCAAUUCUAUUAGCUCUUCGUCAUGUCCAGGCGGCGAGGGCAUGCAGUUCAGUACCUCACCAAAGGGGCACCAUGUCCUGGCAUACAACUCCGCCAGAGUCUACGUGAUGGAUGUGAGAGGGUCUAGCGUUGAGGUUAAGAGAGAGCUUAAGAUCCUACGCCGCCCUGUCACGGCCUGCAUUAACGAUAUUGGGUCCCUUCUGGCCAUUCUGUCUACUGAGAUGCAGGUUGACCUAUACGACUUACAAAAAUCACCGCCCCGCCGUACCCAAUCCAUGAUCCUCGACAACAGUCCCCGAACUAUCGCCCUCUCACCCUGUGGCUCCGUUCUCGCCGCCGCCUAUGAGGGUGGCAUCGAGGUCUCAUCUCUGAGACGUGGUGCUCUGUCUACCGAUCGACGCGCCGUCAAAUGUGACGCCGUUGAUGCCCUUGCCUUCUCUUACGACGGCACCCAGAUCCUUGGCACCACUACUCAAUCCGCCCCUCCCAACACAGUAAUACUUACCGCACCUUACUACGACCCAGGUAGCCACAUGUCCGAUGAUAAUCUAAGUGCCCUCUGGACGACAUCGAUUUUGUUUCCCAACACCAGCCGCGACUGCAGCCAUGCUGUGCUGCUUCAGGACGGUAGCCAAGAGGAGGCGAGCUGGGCAUUUACCUACGAUCGCAGCUUUGAGACUUUCCGUUCAGUUCGAAUCGAUGACCUAAGGAAUGGCACCACAUAUUUCACGGGCCCGGUACCAGACGCAAACUCGCAAGCCAAGCUCCUGCCUUGCACUUUGCCUGCUGCGACUCAUCACGGUGAAUUGGUGUCGGCUGGAUUUCAAGGAAAGGAUAUUUGGAUUUACGGCGUCCCCGAAGACUUGGACGCUGUUCCAGACAACUCGUCCUCGAAUGAUGGUGGGUCCUCUGGCUUGGGCAGACAAAACAGUGCUCAGAGCGGUAGUUCACGUCGACUGUCUACGCGGGCACAGGAUACCGAUGGCGGCCGAGUUCCUCAGUGGCAGAUUUUGUGUGACAAGCUGAGAAACACAUUCGUUUCUGGCUGCAAAAUCGCUGAGCUCACCGAGGUGAGCAAUGUGAAAUGGGUUGCCGGAUUUGGACAGUCAUCUGCCCAGGAACGGUUAAUUGUCACUGCGCGAGGAGUUGGUCCGGCUAGACUGGUUACUGAAGAGGAGGAUAUGGACUUUGUCGAUGGUGGCAGGAUCACCCUUGUGGAUUUCGACUACGGCCUGGAUGACGGUACCAAGACUGAGAUCACCAUUGAAGUCGGAACCGACAACGCCGAAGUUCUGGAAGAGGAGCAACGAGAUCUCGCCACAGAGGUGGCCAUUGUUCGACGUCGGACAGUGGCCCAAAAGCGUGGAGGCCGAGGAGGCCGUGGUGGUAGCGGCGGUAAUGCUAUGCUCCGAACUGCCACAGCGGCGGCCGCACGAACUCCCGCAGUACCAUCACUGUCGCGACACGAGAACACAGAUGACGACCCCUUGGUUCCCCGUAGGAUCGGUCAGCAUCCCGUGAGCCAAUCGAGCGGCCAUGACAACGCCGACGAAGAAGGCGAAGAAGCGACAAUCGAGGAGAUGGAGGCUCUUGACGCCCCCUACGCCCACGCGAGCCCUCGAUCCGGCACGACCCUACGACGUGCUGCCACUGCUGCAGCUGUUGAUCGGAGUUUGCACCCUCGGACCGCUGACGGGCGACGUAUCGAAUAUCGCCGCGCUGAUGGCCGGCGUGAGCAUCCUCAUGAGAGUGACGCUGAUAACUGGGUGCCUCCUCCUCCGCCGUAUCAAAAGGAUGACCCUGGAGACCUCCCUGCCUUCUUGCGCGGGCCUUCUGUUGCUCCCAUGAACCUGUCUCAUCCCCCCUUACUACCUUUGCCUAACCCUCAAGCGCCUGGGUCAUCAGCCCAGCAGACUUCGGAUUCAAGCCCGCCGCGGCCGCCCGUCCAGAGGACCGCGAGUGACUCUACUACCAUGAGCAGACCCCGCAUUCCCGAGUCUCCAAGGCCCAUGUCAAGUCCAUCCGUCCAGCAGGAAAACGACAAUCUUUACGAUGUCACCCCACCGGAUUCCCCACGACAGCCUGCCCGUCUGUCGAACGAUUCGGCGCAAACGGGGACUGAAAUACGUCAGCCAUCAGGCUCAUCCGUCUCGUCAAUAGCACCGAGACCCGUCACCGUCCCUACCAACUUGAAUGCCGUGGUCCCACCGCCGGCAUUAACAUCGUUGCCCUCGAGCCGAUCUGAUCUUGGUCCCGGUACGCAACCGCCCACCCGGAAUUUGCAAACAUCGCACUCUGCAGAAAUGUCCUUCCAGCCCGACCAGGGGAGGGCCCCUACAGCGAGACGGUUAUCCAACACCCAGACAUGGCCUACGGCACCCCGGCCAGAGGCACACCAUCCAGGCGACCUGGGCGUCAUGUAUCCGCACUCGGCAUCAUCCGCACAACCCUUGGACAACUUCGGCUCAACUCUGCCCCCACCGCCAAGUUCCAGCCAGCUCGCCAGCUUGAACAAGAGGAUCAGUCAGGGUAGCCCGCGCCGUUUGUCCGGAGCCUUCCCAAUGCAGCGCAGGCCAGUCGGGGCCCCCCAAGGCGAAAUGUCGUUCGCUCGUGUCCAAUCUGACCCUGUAUCUACGGAGACAUACAGGCGCCCCCCUGUUGAGUUUGAUCAGCCGUUGAUCAUCAGCACUCCCGGGGGCGUAUCGGGCGCAUACGAUUCGCCAUCCCGGCAGGUAUCUGGUCGCCGCACCGAGACUCCUUUGCUGGCACCCAUCCCCCGUCAUCCGCGCCCUACCCCUGGGUCCGUCAACCGACCUACAGUAGAGCGCCUUGAGACCAUUUAUAGCAUUGCCUCCUCACAUGGAGGUGAUGCAGCCCCGCCAGCAUUACCGGCUCCGGCGCAGCAAUCCGUCCCCGCCUGGCUGAACGCACCCGCAGUGCCCGUGGCCCGGCCGUCUCCUGGCGUCAACCGCCGACCCAGCCGCGCCGAGCGAAGUGCAGCGAAGAAUAUCCAGGACGCCAAGAAGCGCGGAUGGAAGAGCAAGACCAAGAAGCGCAAGAAGAACACCGAUGCCGCCAGCAGUGCCGGCUGGACCGAUAUCUCAACGAGCUCUGCGAAGGCCGACAAGGAAAAAGACAAGAAGUGCGUUGUCAUGUAG